UAUCCCUCAAAAUUGUAAAAAGAACCAGUGUUCUCCUUUGCUGAUGCGGCUAACAGUAAAAACAAUCUUAUCAUCUUCCUCAACUUGAAACUGUCAUUUCCAUCGCCAUUGUUUGCUUCCUCCUUCAUACUCUUCCAACUACUUGUACAAUGAGACCUUCACUUGUGUAAAACAAUCUCAAAUGUAUAUCCACAAAAGAAUGGCCUUUUCAACAGCAAAACUAUCAGAAUUACCAUUACGCAACACUUUUCCAUUCACCAGAUCCCACUGCUCUUCUUCUUCUUCGUCUUCUUCCCUUUUCAAAUCCCCUAAACAUUCUUUCUCAUUCACAGUAACUUUUUCUUCUCUUAAAACUACACAACCGAGCAAAAACCCACCUUCUAAAUCUCCUCAAAACCCUCCCAAAACCCCUUCUUCAGCUCCCUGGCUCAAAAAAUGGCCCACCCUUGACCCAUCUCCUGCUCCCAUUGAUUCUGACCCAGGUAAUGCUUUUUCAAAGGGUAAAUAUGUGGAAAAUAGGGGGCAGAAUGCAAUUGAGAGGAUUGUUCAUAGGUUGAGGAAUUUGGGUUUGGAAUCAGAUGAUGAGGAUGAAAUUCGUGAAUUGGGUGAAGAAAGUAGUAGGGGAGAUUUUGAAGAGGAAAAGUUGGGUGAUUUGUUAAAGAGGGAUUGGAUAAGGCCUGAUACUAUGUUGGUUGAAGAGGAGAAGAGAAGUGAUAUUGGUUUGUUACCUUGGGAGAGGGAGGAGGAGGAAGAGGUGGGUGGUGAGAUUAGAGAGGUGAAAGAGAGUGAAAAGAAGGCGAAACGGGUUGUAAAAUCGGCGCCUACGUUGGCGGAGAUGACUAUUGAGGAGUCUGAGUUAAAGAGAUUGAGAGGACAGGGGAUGGUGUUGAGAGAUAAAGUUAAUGUGCCUAAAGCUGGGCUUACUCAGGCUGUGUUGGAGAAAAUUCAUACUAAAUGGAGGAAAUCUGAGUUGGUUAGGUUGAAAUUUCAUGAAGAUUUGGCUCAUGACAUGAAGACUGCCCAUAUUCUUGUGGAGCGCCGAACUGGAGGAUUAGUUUUAUGGAGAUCAGGAAGUGUUAUGGUGGUUUAUCGGGGAAUGAACUAUGAGGGGCCACCAUCUAAACCUUUGGCAGAUGCUUCUUCUGUAAAUAUAGCUGCAGUAAAUAAUGAAAAUGCUACUGGUGCAUCUAUAGAAUCUAUUUCGUCACAAGUAAAGCCUCUGGAGCACAGUAGGAGUCUAACAGCAGAGGAAGCUGAAUACAAUGAUCUUCUUGAUUGUUUGGGUCCUCGAUUUGUUGAUUGGUGGGGUACAGGACUACUACCUGUUGAUGGUGAUUUGCUUCCCCAAACUGUUCCUGGUUUCAAGUCACCAUUGAGACUGCUCCCAACCGGGAUGAGAUUGGGGUUGACUAAUGCAGAGUUGACUAAUCUACGGAAACUUGCCAAGUCACUCCCUUGUCAUUUUGCUCUUGGUCGGAAUAGACAUCAUCAGGGCUUGGCAGCUGCUAUAAUUAAGCUUUGGGAAAAGAGUUUAGUGGCAAAGAUUGCUGUAAAACGAGGAAUUCAAAACACUAACAAUAAGCUGAUGUCAGAGGAGUUGAAGACACUCACAGGAGGCACCUUGCUGCUUCGGAACAAGUAUUUUAUUGUUAUAUAUCGAGGGAAGGAUUUCCUUCCGAGUAGUGUUGCUGCUGCUGUAUUGGAAAGACAGGAACUCACAAAAAAGAUCCAAGAUGCUGAAGAAAAUGCAAGAGCUGUAUCGUCUGAGGCAAGCAGCUAUGAAAAUGAAUAUGCACUUGCUGGUACAUUAGCCGAGUUCUAUGAAGCCCAAGCGAUGUGGGGCAGAGAAAUAUCAGUUGAAGAGCGAGAAAAGAUGAGAGAAGAGGCUUCUACUGCUAGAAGUGUAAAGGAGGUCAAGCGAGUGGAGCAUAAAUUAGCUCUAGCCCAGUCGAAGAAGCUCAAAGCAGAGACAUUGUUAGCGAAAAUUGAAGCAUCAAUGAUACCUGUUGGUCCGUCUGAUGACCUAGAAACAAUCACGGACGAAGAAAGGUUUACGUUUCGGGGGAUAGGCUUGAGAAUGAAGGCGUACUUGCCUCUUGGUGUUCGUGGUAUAUUUGAUGGUGUAAUUGAGAAUAUGCAUUUGCAUUGGAAGCAUAGAGAACUUGUUAAGUUAAUCUCCAAACAGAAGACCCUUGCGUUCGUGGAGGAAACAGCAAGACUGUUGGAGUAUGAGAGUGGUGGCAUAUUGGUCGCUAUAGAACGAGUGCCAAAAGGUUAUGCUCUGAUAUAUUACCGUGGAAAGAAUUAUCAGAGGCCUAUCAGCUUGAGACCAAGAAAUCUUUUGACAAAGGCGAAAGCAUUAAAACGUGCAAUUGCUAUGCAGCGCCAUGAGGCUCUGAGUCAACACAUAUCCGAACUGGAGAGUAACAUAGACCAAAUGAAGAAGGAUGGUAGUUAUAGUGAAGUCGCGGAAGAUGGAAAAGCCUUGAGCUUAGACGGAAAGUUUGGCCAUGCCUCAGAGAGCAGCCAAAUGACUUAUCCAGAUUCUAGUGAUGAGGAAGAAGUUGACUUUGAUAAUUCUACUGAUGAGGAAGAUGAUGAUUUUAAUAAUUCUGAUGAUGACUCCCUUGAGUUUGAGGACCACGAUAAAUCCUUUCGUUAAGUGUUGAGAGAACUAGAUGCCUAACUGGAUGACACAUUGCUAAGGCUCAAAUGAAGCCAAAGCGUUUCACAGAGAUUGCUGAGCGGGAUGUUUGUAUGUACUAGGAUUGCAUCCCUCCAUGAUCAUGGCCAUAUCGAUGAGAAGCAUUCAUUCUACUAUUGUGAACUUAUUGUUUAGCUCGAACCAUGGUUAAUGUUAAAAGGUUAUGUAAUUAAAUCAGCUAUCGUUUGAAUGAAAGGUGAAAUUCUUCUUAUGAUUGUCCAAUUGAUUAAGUGAGUCCAUUUAUCAUGAUACACAUAACUCUAGUUUUUUCUCA